AUGUCUGAAAUCCCUACCACAGGUACCCGCAGCCAGCUGCACCCCUCUAUCCAGACCUUCUUGAAGGAACACCCAAAGCUCCACCUUGGUGGUCAAGAAGACUUCCACGACGAGAGAAACCACCACCUCGAGGUGUUCGGUAUCCACAAAAUCCCAAAGGACAAGGUUCAUCCCAUCGGCGAGGUUGAAUUUACUGCCGUUCGCGGUCCUCAUGGAACCAUUCCUGUUAGAGUUCUGUAUCCCAAGAGCGGCGAGGAUAAGCGUAAGAAUGGCCAGGCAGGAGCUUUGGUCUACUUCCACGGCGGAGGAUACACUGUUGGUUCCGUCGAUGAGUUUGAGAAUGGUCUGAGGUUGCUAGCAGAGGAGAGUGGAGUCCAGGUAACCGCUUCCUGUUCAAGCUCAUCCUCCGAGACCAUUAAUUCAACAUGUAACAGAUCNUACGCAGCAGACUACAGACUAGCACCCGAAUACCGCUUCCCAGUCCAACUAGACGAAUACUCCGCCGUCAUCGAUUGGCUCCAAGGCGAAGGCGGCAAGGCUCGCGGCGUAAACCCUUCCAAAGUAAUGGGCGGCGGCGACUCAGCAGGCGGCAACAUGACAGCAGCAAUAUCCCUGCGCCGUCAAGACAACAAGCAGAAGCCCAUGGCCGCACAAAUGAUGCUCUACCCGGAAGCCCGCGUUCCCUUUGACACACCAGCCGCCGUUGAAAACAACACAGGUUACUACCUCGAAUGCAACGGCAUUUUCAGUUUUGCAGACCACUAUCUUCCUAGAGGCGUGCCUCCAUCGAAUCGCUACGUUUCUCCUGGCAUGCAGGAUAUCAGUAAGCUCGGCGAUCAACCUCGUACAGCAAUCUAUACCUCUGGAUUUGAUCCUUUGCGUGAUGUGGGCGUCGAGUACGCGAGCAAGUUGCAAAAGGCAAAGAACGAAGUCAGGUGGCAUCACUACGAAGACAUGACCCAUGGAUUCUUGCAAAUGACUGCUUGGAGCGACAAAGCUAUCGAAUGCGUCAAGGAUAUCGCAAAGGACAUGAAGGAGUUUGCUUAUGGCUCUUGA